AUGGCUUGUGAAGAGGAAAGGACAUGGAUGGUUUAUAUUCAAGGCCAGCUGGGCCUCAGUAUUGACAAAUGGAUGGUAAUUAUGAGUGCUGAGCAGCCUUACAACAUACCAGCCCAAUUCCAUGCUUUUGAAAAAGAACUUGGAGACUGUGUUUAUGAUAAUGGUAUUGUCCGAGCCAAGAGAAAAUGCAAACUGGAGUAUAAUGAUUGUAGUGAAUACUUUCAUAGGCAGAAAAUGAUGGAAUAUUUGGGGAAAAUCAUGAAGCAGAAGGAGAAACUAAUGAAGGAAGGGAAGGUUACCCAUCCAGAUCACCAAUACUCAGACAAGGAAGAGGCAAGACUUUGA